AUGAAAGGUUUUUAUAUUGGAGUGUAUUCAUAUGGUUUAGCAAUUGAUUAAACUAGUUAAAUUUCAUCUGAUGGAAUGGGAUAUAGUACAAAUGAAGGAUUUGGUUGUGGAUACACAGAUAAAAUAAUAGGAUUAAGAUAACAAUGUGGAGGUACUGGUGGAAGUCAUGGAGGAAUGGGAGGAUUCUCAAUAAGUCCAAAACCAAAUUAUAAUUAAUUGUGUUUACAAUUAUAGAGUAAAUAAAUUUAUGAUUAUUCUUUCAAUCCUGUAUUACCAGGAAGUGGUGGAGGUGGAGUUACAUAUGUAGAUUAAAUUUAAAGAAUUGAAAUUUAAGGGUAGGGAGGAGGAGUUAUACAUUUAGAAGUAUUAAAUUUAUAAAAUAGUGGAAUAAUAAGUUCAAAUGGAACAUCUUAUAUUGAGGAACCAUAUUUUGGAAGUGGUAGUGGUGGAUCAAUAUAGAUAAGAAUAAUUUAUUUCAGUGGAUAAGGAUUAGUAACUGCUAAUGGUGGUGGUUCUUAAUCUGCUGAUGAUUUUGAUACAUAUUAAUUUGCUAGAUAAAAGUUUUAUUAGUCUUAUCAAGUAUAUGGUGGUUUUGGAGGAGGUGGAAGAAUUAGAUUGUUCUUUUUCAAUAUCACAGAAAUGAUUAAUAGUACAUAUUAUUAAAUUUGUAAUAAUACAAUACAAACUAAUCCUGGUGGUUUGUCAAUACAAUAAAAAAGUAUCCUUAAUAUAUCAAAUCAAAGUUUAAUUAAAUUUUAAGGAUCCAUCAUUCCUACAGGAUGUCCUUAAGGUUCAUAAGGUAAUUUUUGUUAGCAAUGUGGAAAUGGUUUCUAUAAAAUGCUUUUUGGACAAGCACCUUGUUAACCAUGUUUUAAUACUAUAAAUUAAAAUACAAGUUAUUAUUCUGAUGGUGAAAAAAAUACACCUUUUUGUAAAGUUGAAUGUUAUGAUGGUAAAUAACCAAAAGAUUAUUAAUGUUUAAUUGGAUUGGCAGAGUUCUCAUAAACAUUAGGUGGAUAGAAUGUUAUUUUUGCUCUAUUUAUUAUUAUCAUGUUAUUAUUGAUUAAUAUUGCUAUUGUUUGGGUGAGUAGAGAUAAGAAUAAGAAGAAAUCAAGAUAAUUUUAUGGUUCUUAUGAUGAUUCAAGUCUUUAAUAAAUGUCUAAUUCUUUAUCUGAAUUAAAUAACAAAACAUAUUUAAUUAGUUAGGAUCUUCAUUUUCAUGUAAGAAGAAUAUACCUUGCUGGAUGUAAUACUUAUCAAAAUCCAUGGUAGAUUUAUUAAGAAACUUUAGUAGAUGGUGAUCUUAAUCAAGGAGACAAUUAAAGAUUAUAAAUAUUAUUUGAAACAUUCAAUUAAAAAGCAUUAUUUACUAUAUUUGAGAAAUAUACAUUGAUAUUUUUCAAAUUUUAUUAUUAUCCUCUUUAUGUUUGGAUUCUUUAAUUGAUUUAAGCAAAUAAAUUUAAUAAUUUAUCAAAAUUAUUUGUUUAAUAAGAAUAUCUUUAUAAUGAAUUAGAUCCUGAUAGAGAUAAAAUAAAACUUAAAUUUUCAUGUUCUAAAGAUAAAACUUUAGCAUUUAUUGAUAGACUUAAUUUAGCUUUGAAAAUAGUUGAAUAGAGUAAUACUUUAGAAUUACCAAUCUAUUUAGUUUUAAGUGGUUAUGGCACUUUCUCUUAUCCAUUUUAAAUCAAUAUUCAUGAUGCUCUCAUUAAAAGAUUAUGGUAAUAAUUUAGUUUUAAUACUAAUGAAGAAAGUGUUAAUCUCUUUGAAAAAUUUGUUACUGAAUUUAAUUAUUAUGCAGUAAAGAUAGAUUUUAGAUAAUCUUAAUCUUCAUUUACUAAAAGAUUUCUUGAUCUAUUAAAUUACACAAAUUAAUAUAAUUAUGAAAUCUUUCGAUUACAUCAUGCUAUCUAAGCUGAUAUUUGUAUUCAUAUAAUAGCAAUUUAGCCAUCUGCAUAAAGUUAAGUAUAUUAACUUGGAAAUGCAAAUUAAAGAGAACUAGAAUUUCUACUAAAAUAAAUACAUAUUAUGAAGAAUUUACCUUAAGAAUUCACUAUAAAAUUAUCUAUAAUAUUCAAUAAUUAUAAUAAAGACAGAGUUGUUAAUUUAGAAUCAUUUAAUAAUUUAGCCUAUAAUAUUAAUGAAUAAUUAUAAAUAAUUAUUAAUAAGGAUAAAGAUGACUUAAGAAAUUAAAUUUAAUUGGAAAAGAAAAAGAUGCAAUCAAAAAUAAAUUGUUUUAAAAUAGAUGGAAUGAAAUAAUAUAAACUUAAAGGAAUAUAAGUAAUGAAAAGAUUCUUUACAUGGCUUUUUAGUUAAAUAACUCGAUAUCGAGAUAGUAGAGUUAAUUAAUAAUUCCUUAUUGCUGGUAUAUGCAUAGUACUUGCAAUAUAAUGGGUAAUAUAUUUUAAUUUAUUAGAAAGUGUUUUGUAAUUGCCUAUCCUGUUUUAUUAUUUAUACUAUUAGAUAUAGAUAAGGAUAAAAUAUUUUUAGCUGAAUUAAUUACUUAAAUUUUAAUAUUUCCUUUAGCAUAAAUGAUAAGUUUAGUUAUUCUAUCUGCUUGGGUAAAAAUUAUAUAAAUAUAUUAGCUUUUAAAAUCAAGAAGAAAUUAUGGUAAAAUGUAUCUUUUAUUUAAUUUAUGUGGUUUGGCUAGUUCAUUGAUUGAAUUUAUUUUUGGAUGUUAUGAUCUAUUCAAUUUCAAAUCUAGUGCUGAAUUUAAUUUGUUUAAAUUAUUUCCUAUUUUUUUCAUUAUGCUUUCAUCACAUUUAGUUUGUUUAUAGAUGAACUUUAAUGAACUCAACAAAACUAAAUAUUUUGAAAUUUGA